AUGAAUCUCAACCCCAUGGAAGACCCCGGGGUCCCUGCACUUUGUCCAAACUGGGUCUACUCGAGCAUUCUAAACUGCCAUGUCGCCAGAGAUCGCGAGUGGUUCAGUGACGACUACAUACCCUUCUCAGCCCAGUUCAAAACCGACAAUGAAGACAAAGUCCCAUUCACUGGAAUUGGAACUGUUAUGCUGCGAACAAAGACUUCACCAUAUCUGAUGGGACUGGCUUCCCAUGGAAGGCUCCGCCUGGACAACGUCCUACACGCCCCAAAUGCCCCAUGCAGCGUCAUUGGGAACCCUGUCAUUGAGACCUAUAGAGUGGGAGUCAAUUUGAUCCCCUCAAUCAUCUCUGGUCUUAUCUGCGAAUUGGACGGUCGCCCAUGGCAUACUUAA